CUCACUGCGCAGCGCAGAUCUCACAACACACUGAUGGGUUUCACCCUGCAGUAAACAGACUCCUCCUGUUGUGUAGAUCAUUGCUGCUUGUAUAACUGCGGUGAAACAACCUUCAGUGGACUGACUGUUCAGACAUGGCUGAUGACAAGACGCCGAAGCAGCCCGCUGCUCGCGUUGCCACCAGGAUAGACCCGGUGAAAGAGGGUCUUUCUCGGGAACAGAUUCACUUCAUCCGACAUGUCGAGCUGGAGCAGUGGAAGAAGAAAACACAGCAGCUGCGGGCACGAAACGUGGUGACGGGACUCGCCAUCGGAGCUAUGGUUAUAGGGAUCUACGGCUACACGUUUUACUCCGUCUCCCAGGAGCGGAUCAUGGAUGAAAUGGAUGAAGAGGCCAAGCGUGCGAAACUGCAGGGACCAAAGACCGGUGCCAACUGAGACACAUGCAUCGCCUGCCUGUUGUCAGACUGUGUGUCUGUCCUGCACUUAACUGAGAAUGGGACUUAUGUGGACACUGAUGCCACUGAUUUAUAUUCCAUGGCUGGCCGCUGUUUUUCAUGGGGAGACAGCGCUGGACUUUGUUUUUGUCUUGAUUGUGAAGGUGAGGUCCUGCUGAGGACUUGAUGUGUCUUGAUUUCGAUUAAGUUUGCCUGUCAGUGGAAAGGGCUAAUCCACUGACCUUAAAUGCUACCCGGAAGGCCAGACUGUAGAGUAAUUACAACACUUACCUAACAAGUUUCCAGCUCUGAUCAUGUGAUGUGCAUACAGUUCAACAGGAAUAUCCUAAA